CGGUGGCGAUGGCCAAUCAGAUAGCGAAGGGUGAAGAUUUUCAGAAACAGGCGGAGAAGAAACUUACCGGCUGGGGCCUCUUUACCUCCAAGCACGAGGAUGCCGCCGAAUUGUUUGACAAAGCCGCUAACGCCUUCAAGCUCGCAAAAUCAUGGGAACAAGCUGGAGCCGUGUAUGUCAAGUUGGCAAAUUGUCAUUUAAAAUCAGAUAGCAAACAUGAAGCAGCUACUGCUUAUGCUGAUGCUGCUCAUUCUUACAAAAAGAUACAGGCCAAAGAGUCUGUAUCUUACCUAGAGGAGUCAGUGAAUUUGUUUAUGGAGAUUGGACGACUGAAUAUGGCGGCAAAAUAUUACAAGGAAAUUGCAGAAAUUUAUGAAAGUGGAGAAGAUUUGGAGAAGGCUAUUAUUUACUAUGAAAGGGCAACAGAUCUUUUCCAAAGUGAAGAUGUAACUACUUCAGCAAAUCAAUGUAGACAGAAAAUUGCUCAAUUUGCUGCUCAACUUGAACAGUACCAGAAAGCAAUAGAGAUUUAUGAAGAUAUAGCAAGGCAGUCGCUGAGCAACAACUUGCUGAAAUAUGGAGUAAAAGGACACCUUCUAAAUGCUGGGAUUUGCCAACUUUGUAAAGGAAAUGGAGACAGUAUUGCAAUUAACAAUGGAUUGGAGCGGUAUCAGGACCUUGAUCCAACCUUUGCUGGAUCACGUGAGUACAGGUUGCUGGUGGAUUUGGCUGAGGCUAUUGAUGAAGAAGAUAUUGAUAAGUUCACUGGGGCAUUGAAGGAAUAUGACAGCAUGACUCAGCUGGAUGCUUGGAAGACUACUCUUUUGUUGAGAGUCAAGGAUAUGAUAAAGGCGAAAGAGCUAGAGGAAGACGAUCUCACUUAAUCAAAUCACUCUAUAUGGUACCCUUUUUAUAUUUCCGAAUCUUU